UGAACCGUCAGUCAUUACUCUUUUGCGUCAGCGUCAUUCUCUGCUUCGCACUCGUUUUUCAUCUUCUUUCUUCCGACACUUUCUCGUAUAUACGAACACUUCCAGAAUUUUUUCUCAUUCUCAGCAAAUCUAGGUUCCGAGAUCUUUGUCCUCGAAAACAAAAAGUCCAGAAUUUUCUCGGAUCCGAGGAAUGCUCGUUGAUCUUUGUGUCUCUGCUUGGUGUCAGACUGAGUGACGGCUUUUGCCUUUUUCCAUCUCUCUCUCUCUCUCUCUCUAUAUAUAUAUAUAUAUUUUUUUUUUUCUGAAAAUGGUGAUAUUUGGACCGAUAACUCCUGGCCAGGUUUCGUUUCUGCUUGGGAUUGUUCCUGUGAUUGUGUGUUGGAUUUACUCAGAGUUUUUGGAGUACAAGAGGAAUUCAGUUGCUUCAAAAGUUAGGCAUUCAGAUGUCAAUUUGGUUGAGUUAGUAAAUGAGACUGUUAAAGAAGAUGAUAAAGCUGUUCUGCUUGAAGGUGGAGGCCUUCAAUCCGCCUCUCCUAAUGCUCGAACAUCAUCAUCCUAUGCAUCUUCAUCCCCUGUUAUCAGGUUCCUAUUAAUGGAUGAGGCUUUCUUGGUUGAAAACCGGCUGACCCUUCGAGCUAUAUCAGAAUUUGGCAUCCUUUUAGCAUACUUCUACUUAUGUGAUCGAACAGAUUUCUUCGACUCUUCAAAAAAGAAUUACAAUCGAGAUCUUUUCUUGUUUCUCUAUUUCCUUCUCAUCAUAGUUUCAGCAAUGACUUCUUUCAAAAUCCAUAAUGAGAAGUCAUCGUUAACUGGAAAAUCUAUACAGUAUUUGAAUAGGCAUCAGACUGAGGAGUGGAAAGGCUGGAUGCAGGUGUUAUUUUUGAUGUACCACUAUUUUGCUGCAGCUGAAAUUUAUAAUGCAAUCCGAAUAUUCAUCGCUGCAUAUGUGUGGAUGACUGGAUUUGGAAACUUUUCAUAUUACUAUGUCCGCAAGGAUUUUAGCCUAGCUAGAUUUGCACAAAUGAUGUGGCGGCUUAAUUUCCUGGUCCUAUUUUGUUGUGUUGUACUUGAUAACAGUUACAUGCUUUACUAUAUUUGCCCCAUGCACACUCUGUUCACUCUUAUGGUUUAUGGGGCUCUUGGUAUUUUGAACAAGUAUAACGAGAUUGGUUUGGUCAUGGCUGUAAAAAUCAUUUCCUGCUUCUUGGUGGUUAUCCUAAUAUGGGAAAUACCUGGAGUAUUUGAGCUGCUCUGGAGCCCAUUUACUUUCCUUGUUGGCUACACAGAUCCAGAUCCAAGAAAAUCACAUUUACCACUCUUGCAUGAAUGGCAUUUUCGAUCCGGUCUUGAUAGAUACAUAUGGAUAAUUGGAAUGAUAUAUGCAUACUAUCAUCCAACUGUUGAAAGGUGGAUGGAGAAACUGGAGGAAGCCGAACCAAAGCGAAGAAUAUCAAUCAAAACAGCUGUUACACUUGUAUCUUUAACGGUUGGGUAUUUGUGGUUUGAGCAUAUCUACAAGCUAGACAAAAUUUCUUACAAUAAAUAUCAUCCAUAUACGUCAUGGAUUCCAAUAACGGUCUACAUAUCUUUGCGAAAUGUCACCCAACAGUUCCGGAGCUGCUCUUUAGCCCUUUUUGCAUGGCUUGGAAAGAUAACACUCGAGACCUACAUUUCACAAAUUCAUAUUUGGUUAAGAUCAGGUGUCCCUGAUGGUCAGCCUAAAUUGUUGCUUUCACUGAUCCCAGAAUUCCCAUUAUUGAACUUCAUGCUUACUACUUCUAUAUACAUUGCAAUUUCUUACAGGCUUUUUGAGCUGACAAAUACAUUGAAAAUAGCAUUUGUGCCUAGUAAAGAUGACAAGCGGCUCGUCAACAACAUCGUUACGGCUAUAGCUAUUUCAUGUGUCUUGUACUCCUUGUCUUUUGUAUUUUUAAAUAUACCACGGUUGCUGGUUUGAGAAUUGAAGGUGAAACGUAAAGUUUGUAGAGAAUUGCCACUUGCUUUAUCCAACAUCAGUUAAAGACACUUGAUUCAACAUCUGUUAAAGACACUUAUCCAACUCUGUUAAGGCACGCAAGGAAUACCAUUCAUCAGUUAAAGAGUUGCCUUCUUGACCAGAGCCGGCACAGGCCAGUAAAGGCCCUAAAGAGUUGUCUCCAUGACCGCUUAACAUAUAUAUGUUUAUAUUUCUAAUUUUACAAUGAGUUUUGCAAAUGAAUUUUAGUUACUUUAGUAUUUUUUUUUUUUAAAUUAUAAUUUUGUAUUCAUUUUAGAGUUGAUAUCAUUUUUCUAUAAAAUAAUAACCUCAGUUUGGCUCUAUUA